AUGAUGUCGUCAGCGUCAGCAGUAUCACCAGCAACAGUGGCCCGCUGCCCCUUCACUGGUCGACUAGCUGCCAUCGCAACCAUGGGCGAGUCGCUCUCACGCGAAGAUACCGAAGCGGACCUCCCGGUACCCAUCCCGGGUCCCCACCCGUGGGACAUUGUGGGCAACGUGCGCGAUCUGAGCGCCAUCGCGCUGCGCGGCAUCGAGGAGGCGACGCUGCUGUACGGGCGCAAGUACGGCCCGAUCUGCCGGUUCGCCAACGGAGUGAGCGCGUGGACGUUCGUGAAUGACGCGGAUAUCAUCGCGCACAUCUGCAGCUCCAACUCAAAGAAUUACUCGCGCAGAUUCCUGCCUGCGGUAUACGAGUACGUGACGCACGGAAAGGGCAUUCUGGGGUCGCAAGGGGAGUACAACCGCGCGCACCGGCGCAUGUGCCAGCCGCCCUUCAUGCGCCCCAACCUGCUCGACGCAUUCUCCGAUACCAUCCAGUCGCAGUUGGAUAAGCUUAUCACAAUGUGGCGCCAUCAAGCUGCCACUGACGCCGGCUCACCGCUCCCCAACGUCGUCCUGGACGGCAAUCUAGCGGUCCAGAUCCAACGCUUCACGCUCGACAUCAUCGGAGCCGUCGCUUUCUCCAAGGACUUCGGGCAGCUGGACCGCAUCCGAGCCGACCCCGCAGGUUCGGCAACCGAGGCGGACGCCGGAGCUGACGAGCUGCUAGGCGCGGUGAACGAGUCGCAGCAGCUGAUGGCAAACGUGUUCAUCACGCCACUGCCGGUGCUGCAGAUGCUGCGGAGGUUCGGCGAGCCGGGGAUGGUGCGGUUGGAUGCGGCGAUGAGGGCCAUGGAGAGGGUUAUGAUGGGCGUGAUUGAGGAGCGGAGAGAGAAAUGGCGCGCGACGGGGGAUGCGGGGGAUGAUCUGCUGGGAGUGCUGCUAGGCGCCACGGACGAGCAGGGGCGGCCUCUCCAAGACGAGGAGUUGUGGGAGGACGUGCACGAUGUGAUGGGCGCGGGGCACGAGACCACGGCCACCACCAUCACGGCGGCGCUCUUCCUCAUCUCGCAACACCCUGACGCCAAGGCCAAGGUGCACGAGGAGCUGCGGGCCCUCAACGGGCGCAUGCCCUCAUUCAGCGACGUCAACAGCGGGCGCCUGCCAUACACACAGAUGGCCGUCAAGGAGACCCUCCGCAUGUACCCGCCCAUCCCGCUCUUCCCACGGGAGGUCGCCCACACUGACCGACUACCCGGGGGAUACGAACUUCCUGGUGGCGAUGUCGUAUUCAUGUCCACCUACGCCAUGGGGCGCAACCCUGUCUACUGGCCUGAGCCCCUCUCCUUUCGACCGGAGCGCUUCACUCCCGAGGCGGAGGCAGCGCGGCCGCGCUUUGCGUGGGUGCCGUUUGGGGCGGGCCCUCGCAUGUGUCUGGGCGCCAACUUUGCUGUGCUGGCUGUCACACAAGUCGUCGCCACCCUGCUGCAGCAUUUUGAAUUCGAGGGUAUCAGUCCCAGCGGCAAGGACCUCCCAUUCGCCUACGAUAUUACAAUGAAUUUUCCAGCCUCAGAAGCACAUCGCGGGUCGCGUUUCGAUAUAGUCACGAGAAUGGACACGCGCGACGCUGGUAGCACAGAGUCAGCGCCAAAUGCGGAGGUCCCACCCGCAGGUCCCGACCCGGACAACGUGACUAGCAGCAGCGGUGUUGGCAGCAACGGGAACCAUACGAGAAUGCGAUGUUCGGAAUCAGGCUCGGGCGAAAUCCCGGCGGCAAUCGCGGUCGGGGGAGGCCCCUGGGGCGCAGUGGGCGACACUGGCGGAAUGGGCUCGGGGGGAAGCGCAGGGGGAAGGGGAACAAGUCCAGCAGUGGCGGCGGGACUAGGCGGAACGCAGGCGAUGCCUCCGCAUCUGGAUUUGCGCGGAGCUGCGAUUCAGACGUUUCCGCGGGACGCUGCUGGCGCGCAGACGACCAUCGUGCUCCCGAAUCAACGGUCGGAUGUGCUCCACUUCGCGCUGGACAUUGGAGGCUCGCUCAUCAAGCUCGUGUAUUUCUCCCGCAUCCCUCCCCACCUGGAACACGGGGGCUCCUUCUCCUCUCUAAUAUCCCCUAGUGCCGCUGCUGCUGCUGCUCCUACCAGCACUGCUGCUGCUACUGCAGCAGCAGCUGCUGCGGCUGCUGCCAGGGCGGUUGACAGGCGAGCUUCUUUUUCCGGAGGAGGGGGUUCCUUUCGGUCGGGCGGCGGCGGUCGGCUGCACUUUGUCAAGUUUGAGACGUCGAGGAUCGCAGAGUGCAUCGACUUCAUAAAAUCGAAGAGGCUUCACACCUUUGAUAUUUUGGGAAUGGGUGGAGACGAGGAGAGCUUAUGGGGCUAUGGAGCUAGUUCGCCUCGCAUCAAGGCCACAGGGGGUGGGGCGUUUAAAUAUGCGGAUUUGUUCAAGGAGAAGCUGGGCGUGGUGCUGGACAAGGAGGAUGAGAUGCGCUGCCUUGUGCUCGGCCUCAACUUCCUCCUGCGCUCCAUCCGAGACGAGGCGUUCACGCACCUGGAGGGCGAGAAGCAGUUUGUGGAGAUGCACAGCGGAAACAUCUUCCCCUACCUCCUCGUCAACAUCGGCUCGGGCGUUAGCAUUCUCAAGGUGGACGGGCCACAGCAGUACGAGCGAGUGAGCGGCACCAACCUGGGGGGCGGCACGUUCUGGGGUCUUGGCAGCCUGCUCACGGGAUGCAAGAGUUUUGACAAGAUUUUGGAGCUGAGUCAGGAGGGCGACAACUCGGCUGUGGACAUGCUGGUGGGGGACAUCUAUGGCGGGCUCAACUACGAGAAGAUCGGCCUAUCGGCCUCUACAAUCGCCUCUAGCUUUGGGCGAGUGGUGGGGGAGCAGAAGGAACUGACAGACUACCGCCCGGAGGACAUAGCGCUCUCGCUGCUCCGCAUGGUGUCAUACAACAUCGGGCAGAUCGCCUACCUCAACGCCCUGCGCUACAACCUCAAGCGCAUCUUCUUCGGCGGGUUCUUCAUCCGCGGGCACGCCUACACCAUGGACACCAUCUCCUUUGCCAUCAAAUUCUGGUCCAAGGGCGAGAAGCAGGCCAUGUUUCUGCGGCACGAGGGGUACCUAGGAGCACUGGGAGCCUUCCUAGCGCACGAGGAGGACGCACACGCAGAGGGCCGCGGGCUCUCCCUCACCCCCGGCAUCGCCUCUCUCUCCUCGCUCACGCCGUCGCAGCUGGUGGAGCGCUUCCCCAUGGGCGCGCCCUUCUCCAAGGGGGAGAUCCGCGGGCCGGUCAUUCGGGGGUUGAAGGAGAAGGUCUCGUGGGUCGAGAAGUUUGUGCAGGUGGGGAGUGACAUCACAGCGCCCACCCCAACAGGAAAGCCGUCCACUACCACGGGGCUGGGGGGCUUUGCGCGACCAAGGGAGCAGGGCAGGGAGCUGCGGUCAGACGAGUCGGCUCUCAGUGUGGGAGUGCUGCACCUCGUGCCCUCCCUCGAGGUCUUCCCUCUGCUCGCAGACCCUGUCAGCUACGAGCCCAACACAGUGGACCUUGCAGACCCGGAUGAGAGGGAGUACUGGCUUGGGAUUCUGAAGGAUCACAUUCCCAAUCUCGUGGAGAAGGCAGUGGGAAGCGAGGGGGCAACGGAAGAUGCUAAGCGGAGAGGAGACGCCUUUGCAUUGGCGUUCCGGGCGCAUCUCACCAGGUUGCGGGAGGAGCCAGCAGCGUAUGGGCGGCUGGGGCUGGCAACGCUGCUGGAGAUGCGGGAGGAGUGUCUGAGGGAGUUCCACUUCUUUGAUGCCUACCGUGCUGUCAAGCAGCGGGAGAAUGGUGUCUCGCUAUCAGUGUUGCCUGACCUUCUGGCCGAGCUCGACAGCAUUCCUCCUGAAGAGCGGCUGCUGACGGUGGUGGGGGGCGUCCUAGCAGCCAACAUAUUCGACUGGGGCUCGCGCGAAUGCGUAAAGCUCUACCGCAGCGGCACCAUCCUGGAAAUUUACCGCAUGAGCCGUGACAAGAUGAAGCGCCCGUGGCGGGUGGACGACUUUGAUGCCUUUCACCAGCGCUGGCAGCACCGCCCGUACGGCAAGGCGCUGCUGUUUGUGGAUAACGUUGGAGCGGAUGUGGUGCUGGGGAUGCUGCCACUAGCACGGGAGAUGCUCAGAGCUGGGACCAAUGUGGUCCUGGUGGCCAAUUCGCUCCCAGCCAUCAAUGACGUCACAGCAGAUGAACUGACAGCAGUGGUGGCAGAGGCUGCGCAGUACUGCCCUGUGCUGAGGGCAGCAGCAGAGGCAGGAGGGGUGAUGGCACAGGCUGCUUUGUGGUCGACUCAAGAAUCGCAACUGAGAGGGAGCGAGCAGCAAGGGGAGGGGAGGCGAACAGCAUCGCAGGCAGACCCUACACCAGUGCAGUCAGAGCAAGCAGCAGUGCAAGAUCAGCAGCAGGAGCAGCAGAAGCAGGAGAAGGAGCAGCAGAAGCAGGAGCAGCAGGAGGGUGGGCAGAAGCAGCAGGAGGGUGGGCAGCAGCGGCAGGUGUUUCUAUCGGUGGUGGCGAGUGGGUCGGGCAGUCCAUGCAUCGACUUUAGACAAGUCACAUGGGAGCUGGCUCAGGCCUGCCAGGGGGCUGAUCUCGUUGUGUUGGAAGGCAUGGGUCGCAGUCUGCACACCAAUUAUGACACGCGCUUCACCUGCGACUCCCUCAAGCUGGCGAUGAUCAAGAACGAGCGGCUGGCAAAGAGGCUGGUGGGCGGCAGCAUGUACGACUGUGUGUGCCGGUUCCAGCCGGGGACCAAGGCUGGGAGGGUGACUGUUGGGACGUAG